AUGAGCAAGCUACGCAUACUGUGCCUCCAUGGCUUCACGUCCAAUGGUGCCGUGCACGCGCACCAGCUCCGGCGGAUUAGUGCCCAGCUUCCAGAGUAUGAUUUCCUCUUUCCAGAGGGUCCUCACCGAGUCGACAUCGCCGAACAAAUGGACAUGACCAAGCCCGCCAACCAUGCCUGGUCUGAGAUUGUCAUGUCCGCGUCUUCUUCCGGCCACAGAGCGUGGUGGUUUGCUCGGAAUGGGGACUGGAAAUCCAAGACUAGCGGCGGCUUCAUCGGCCUUGAGGAAUCGCUCGACUACCUAGGAACUUACCUUCAGGAAAAGGGACCUGUGCAUGCGAUCUGGGGGUUCAGUCAGGGCGCCUGCCUGGCGGGCAUGCUGUGCGCGCUACUGCAAACCGGACUCGCAAUGCAUCCGCUUCGCAGGCAUCUACAACCAUCCCACAACGCUGACAGCGUGAGCCUCACAACUCCGCUAGCUGGCAUCAUCUUCUCGGGCUUCCGAGCACGUUUCCCCCAAUAUGAUGCUAUGUAUGAGCCUGGUAUUGAUGUGCCAACGCUGCACGUGCUCGGGGAGCAAGACCCGCUUGUGCGCAGCGAACGCAGCGAAGCAUUGCUACGCGUGUGCAAAAGUGGUGAGCGUGUUAUUCAUCCUGGGGGACACGAUAUCCCAAAGGGGGAAGCGGAUGUGGCGAGGAUCGUUGAGUUCACAAGAGAACAUGUGAGGAGUAGUGGCAAGCGCGCUGGGUUUUCAUUUGCGCAAGCGUCCAUCUAA